CAGAGAGGAAGCUGCUGCUCGGGUCCGAGAGCCACCAGCCUGCGCACGUCUGGGGGCAACACCGGGCGCGAUUCGACGUUGCCGCUGUUGGCUUCCUCUGCCCUCGUUCCUCCCCAGAGAAUCGCCUCGGAUCUCCGCCAUGACAUCCACCUCUUCCAACCUCCAGAAAGCAAUAGAUCUUGCUGGCAAAGCAGCCCAGGAAGACAAAGCUGGGAACUAUGAGGAAGCUCUUCAACUCUACCAACACGCUGUUCAGUAUUUUCUUCAUGUAGUUAAAUAUGAAGCACAGGGUGAUAAAGCCAAGCAAAGUAUCAGGGCAAAGUGUACAGAAUAUCUUGAUAGAGCAGAAAAACUAAAGGAGUACCUGAAAAAAAAAGAGAAAAAUCCACAGAAGCCAGUGAAAGAGGGACAGCCAAGUCCAGCUGACGAGAAGGGGAAUGACAGUGAUGGGGAAGGAGAAUCUGAUGAUCCUGAAAAAAAGAAACUACAGAAUCAACUUCAAGGUGCCAUUGUUAUAGAGCGACCAAAUGUGAAAUGGAGUGAUGUUGCUGGUCUCGAAGGAGCUAAAGAGGCACUUAAAGAGGCUGUGAUAUUGCCUAUUAAAUUCCCUCAUCUUUUUACAGGCAAGAGAACACCUUGGAGGGGAAUUCUGUUAUUUGGGCCGCCUGGAACAGGAAAGUCCUAUUUAGCCAAAGCUGUAGCAACAGAAGCAAACAACUCCACGUUUUUUUCAAUAUCUUCCUCUGACCUUGUCUCAAAGUGGCUAGGUGAAAGUGAAAAGCUAGUUAAGAACUUAUUCCAACUUGCUAGAGAGAAUAAACCUUCCAUUAUCUUCAUUGAUGAAAUUGAUUCUCUGUGCGGCUCAAGGAGUGAAAAUGAAAGCGAGGCUGCCCGUAGAAUUAAGACGGAGUUCCUAGUUCAAAUGCAAGGCGUUGGUAUAGACAAUGAUGGAAUUUUGGUUCUGGGAGCUACAAAUAUACCCUGGGUUCUGGAUUCUGCCAUUAGAAGAAGAUUUGAGAAACGAAUUUAUAUUCCUUUGCCUGAGGCCCAUGCCCGAGCAGCGAUGUUUAAACUGCACUUGGGGACCACUCAGAACAGUCUCACAGAAACAGACUUCCGAGAACUUGGGAAGAAAACAGACGGUUAUUCGGGGGCAGACAUAAGUGUCAUUGUGCGUGAUGCGCUUAUGCAGCCUGUUAGAAAAGUGCAGUCAGCUACUCAUUUUAAAAAGGUGCGAGGACCUUCACGAGAUGAUCCCAACAAAAUAAUAGAUGACCUGCUAACACCCUGUUCUCCCGGUGACCCUGGUGCCAUUGAAAUGACAUGGAUGGAGGUUCCUGGGGAUAAACUUUUGGAGCCAGUUGUUUGCAUGUCGGAUAUGUUACGGUCACUAUCUAACACAAAACCCACAGUCAACGAACAUGACUUGUUGAAAUUAAAGAAGUUUACAGAAGAUUUUGGCCAAGAAGGCUAAACCAAAGACAACGAGGAAGACAUUUACCAUGUGUGUUCUUUAUUUCGUAGGUCCUUUUGCCUUUCUUGGAUGGCAUUCAGAUUAUUUCCAGUAAAACUCUUUUACCACAGGGAAAUACAGAUCUCACUCCAGAGUUCCUUUAAUUUUAUAUGUAUUUUUGUUCCAUUACCAGUUAAAUGCUCCUGUUAACAAAAAUUAUAAAAUAAUGGAUAAUAAGGAAAUGAGUGAUCUAUGAAUGGCAAAAAAUAGGAAUUACCCAGUUAGGAAGAGGAUGAACAUUGAUUGAGAUACCAAUAUUUAGAAUUGGUGGUAUUUGCAAAGAGCAUUUCUUUUUUUCUUUUUCUUUUUUUUUCUUUUUUACCAAAAUGAAAUAGGGCUUAUUUUAUAUUUUGAAAAACAAUUCUUAAGCAUAAUUCUCAUCAAUGUAAAAUUUAUUUACUUUAUUAAAAAAUUUUAAAUAAUAGGAUAUUCUCAGGGAUGGGCAAUAAAACAGCAAAGAGCACUGUGAUUGGGCUUGAAAGAUUCUGAAUUGUGUUCUAGCCAAGUCUCAUUGAUUUUUGAUAGGCUAACAUUUUUCUUUGUGUAGAUUUCAAUAAUUUCUUUAAAAGCAACAAACUUCUAUAUUUAAUUAAAUAAUACCUUUCACUGUGCAGUCUCAAAAGAAAGACUUUCUAAAUUGGUAUUGUCUUCAUCUUGAAGAAGAAAAUUGUCUAUUUCAGUAUCUUUUUGU